GUUUUUAUUGUUAUUAUGUUACUAGGUAAAAUGGAAAGGCAAGGACUUUGUGUCCUUGUGUGCCGAACUAUUGGCCUGAGGGAAACUUUGUUCUUUGGUCUCAGGUACACUGUGAAAGACACGUAUGCUUGGCUUAAGCCUGAAAAACGGGUUUUGGAUCAGGAUGUACCAACAGACUCUCCUAUAACAUUUCACUUUCUUGCUAAAUUCUUCCCUGAAAAAGUUGAGGAGGAACUCGUUCAGGAAAUCACACAGCACCUUUUCUUCUUACAAACACUCUGCUCGGAUCUCAGCAUGCCUGGCAUCAUGGGAUUGCAUCUCAUCAGCUGAAACUUAAUCCCAGCAAAACUACACUGCCGUUCAUCCCAUUCAUAUAUUAUUGCAAAAAGUUAUUUUGAUUAUCAAUGUAGUGCUUGGUUAGUGGGGAUACAUUAUUUAACAGCAAGACUUUACUGAGGAGACAUUGUUCAAAAUAAAAUU